AUGGGCGGCCGCCUCUCGAAAGCGGACCGCCUAGCAAAGAGGCGCUCAGCAAUGAUCGACAAGCAAAUAGAGGAGGACUUUAGACAGCGUAAACGAGAAUGCACCGUUCUCUUGCUAGGUUCCAGUGGGUCAGGAAAGAGCACUAUCAUGAGGCAAAUGGUGAUAGCCAAUCAAGGUGGUUUCUCAGCCUGCGAACGAGUAGAAUGGCGUCCUGUUAUAUACUGGAACGUGCUCGAGUCUGCGCAAGCGGUUCUCGUUUACCUGCGGAAGAUAGGGUUGGGUUCUCAUUGUGAGGUCUUGAAUCAAGCUUUACUAAAUAAUCUUCCCAAGUUUCAACUAGAAAUGUUGAAGGGUCCUGCCGUUCUUCCAGCGGAGAUCACAGAGGCCAUACAUUGGGUUUGGAAGACAACGGGCGACCAUUUUGGCGACCUCUACCCCCAAGACUCGACAAGAUACUUCCUUGAUGAAGUCCUACGGAUCGGACAGGGAGGGUAUCUACCCAGCGAGACGGACGUGCUAAAGGCGCGGUGGAAAGCCUCGGCAAUUCAAGAGGUGAAGCUAACCAUGGGCCUUUUAUCAAUACGCAUGGUUGGUGUCAGUGGUCAAUUUUCGGAGAGAAAAAGGUGGAUCCACUGUUUCGAGUCCGCGACGUCGAUCGUAUUCUGCACGGCGAUGAGUGAUUACGACCAGGUUCUGCUGGCGGAGAGAACACAGAACCGCAUGCUGGAGUCGCUGGUGCUCUUUGAAUCAGUUAUCAACUCCAGGUGGUUUCGACGAACUUCGAUAGUCCUUCUCUUAACCAAGAUAGAUGUAUUCAAGAAUAAGCUGCCGAAGGUGCCAUUGGAGUUCUAUUUCCCUGAAUAUACUGGAGGGUCAGAUAUCAACAAAGCCGUGAAGUUCAUCCUUUGGAAGUUUAUGCAGGCUAAUAGGGCACGGUUAAGUGUCUACCCGCACAUAGCAUCUUUGCACGACCUAACAACCAUCCGCCUAAUCUUCGCCGCCGUGAAGGAGACAAUUUUGCAAAACGCCUUGAAGGAUUCAGGUAUCCUGUGA